AUGUCGGCCGAGACUCCUGCAAUCUCCCUAUUGAUGGCGACCAAGUCGACAUUGGGAGUCACCUUGAUCAGAAUGGAUAAAGCCAAGAAGGAAUUGAAAAACACACUGGGGCGGAGUCCCUAUCCUCCUUAUCCCAUAAGUCAGAUUUCAGACUCUCCAGGACCUAGCUCAGUUCCACCAGACAGUCUUCAAAGAACAGCGCAUAAGAAAUACCCAGUGAUUAAAGAACGAGGAUUUUACUCUGAUGUCCUUACACCUGGAGCCUCAGAUCUCUUGGGGGAUCUGUGCGCUGGUCCUAAUGUGUACAAGGACUUGUUGAAACAGUCAGAGCUUGAAGAGCACACACCAAAAGUCACAACAUUUGAUACUCCAGAGAAUAUUGGGCUUAUCUUGGACAGCCAAGAGAUUGGACAAACUACAGAAAUUAUCAAAGAGUCAGACUUUCCUCUGCAAGCAUAUAAGCCAAAAGUACAAGUUCCUUUUGAGGUACUUCCAGGCCAGUGCCCUCGGAAGAUAGAGAUUGAGAGGAGAAGGCGAUUAUAUCUCAGUUUAGAUAUCACUGAGCUAUUACUCAGUGCAGGCAUAGAUUCCAAUGAGCUGAUGCCAAGACACCAGGACCCUGCAAAUAUGCCAACCAUUGAGCAGAAGAAAGACCCUCUUUUCCCUAUCUAUCUUCCAUUACAGGUUUUUGACGAUGAAGAGUAUGAUUGCCGGAUUCCAGAAGAGUGGCUCUGGUUGGGUGUGGAGCCUGGAUCCCAAGACAGGAAACCAGUUCCAGGAAAAGCACUUCUACCAACAGAUGAUGUACUUGGGCACGAGGAUCCCAGAAGCCAAAAAUUGAUCUACAAGUGGAUAAAUGUUGGGGUCUUGGAUUAUGAUGAAGAGACAAAACUGUACUUGGUACAUAAGACGAACCCAUGGGGCCUUGUACGUGACAGAAAAGGGAGACCAGUACUCAACGGAGGAAUGACUGCAAAAGGGAGAGCCCCACUGAUGCCUUGUCAGUACUGGGUGCCCCGGGUCUGUUUGCUUUUUCUCGGAGAGGAUCCUCGCGUGUUUGCCCAGCGAGUAAUCUCUGCCAAUGACUUGCGGAAGAAAACACAGGCACUGUUAUUGUACAAUCUGUAUGUGGACUGUAUGCCUGUGGAUGGAUUGCAAAGCAUUGAAGAGAAAAGUCUUCUGCGGAUGAAGCAGUUGGCAAUGAACACUCCACGUCUGAGAAAGGGAAGUUUCGUUUUAAAUCGGAUGUACCACCUGAGGAAGGAAGUGUCCCUAGACUACGAACGUACCAUGAACAAGAUUAACUUUGACAGAAUUGUCACUUCCAAGCCUCAGACAUUCUCUUAUGUCACGCUGCCUGAGAAAGAGGAAGAGAAGGUGCCAGAGAAGGGUCUCAUUGAGGUCCCAGAGUACCCAUUUAAUGAGCAAAGAGAAGCUUUUAGCUUUGUCUCCCUCCUUACGCGACCAGAAGUCAUCAUGGCUUUGUGCCAGGUGCGGGAUGAAUGCAAUAAAACUGCUGUGAUGUCACUGUUCCAUUCAACCUUGACUAAGUAUGGCCGACUAGAGGAGUUUGAGCAGAUCCAGACGCAGACCUUUUCUCAGAUUUCAAUGUUCCUGAAAGAUACAUGGAUUAGUACUCUAAAGGUAGCAGUGAGAAGCAGUCUGAGGGACAUAGGCAAAGGCUGGUACAACCUAUAUGAGACCAAGUGGGAGGUGUACCAGAUGUCCAAGCUUCACCAGCUCAUGGAGCUUAUCAAGUUCAUGUUGCAGGACUCUGUACGAUACCUGGUCCAGGAUUCACUGGUUAAUUUCGUCCAGCUCUUUUUGGAUGCCUCCCAUAGUGUUCUGAAUUGCAGUGAAGAUAUGGUCUGGGGAGAUGACCUUGUUAACAGCCCAUACAAGCCACGAAAAAAUCCCGUGUUUUUAGUUGACUUGAUACUGGACAAUACCGGUGUUCAUUUCAGCACACCCUUGGAGAAUUUUGAGACCACAGUUGUUUCUCUGUUUAAUAAAGGGAUCUUGGCUACCCACACCAUACCACAGCUGGAGAAAUAUGUGCUUGAAAACAUAUUCAUCUGUGGGAUACCAUUGUUGGAAUCUGUCGGCAUCCAUGAGCCAGCUGUAGAAGAACUGCGCAAUACUAUGGCCACAUGCAUUCGCAAGGCACUGAUCCCUUUACAAGCAUAUGCCAAGAAUUAUGAAAAGUAUUUAGAAUUGAAUAAUCGUGAUAUCAACUCACUCCUAAAACCAUAUGAAACCCAGUGCCCCCCUGCUCAAGAAGUGAGAGCGAUGGUAAACACACAUUUGGAAGAAAAGGAGAUGCUGGACAACAGUUUGCCAGGCUCUAUAGUAAUUGGCCCCUUCCAUCUUGGUGUUGAAGGUGUAAGGCAAAACCUCUCCAAGAAAUGCAAAGCAUUGGCCACUUCUAUGCUGGACAUAUUGGCUAAGAAUCUACAUUGUCAAGUAGAAGAUAUAUGUGAAGCGUUCAAAGCCAUCAGCCGAAAGAUUUAUGAAAAACCAAACAGCAUUGAGGAGCUGGCUGAGCUGCGAGAGUGGAUGAAAGGAAUCCCUGAAAAGCUGAAAGUACAGGAGGAAUUGAUAAGUAAGGUCAUGGAAGAAUACGAAGUCAUGGAAGAAUUCCUCUACAACUUGACUCAAGACGACUUCAAUGACAAAUGGGCUGCAAGCAGCUGGCCUUCCAAGAUCAGUGGACAAAUUGAACUGGUACGGCAGCAGCACAUGGAAGAUGAGGAGAGGUUCCGAAAAAUUCAGUUCAUGGAUCAGACCAACUUCCAGGAACGGCUAGAUGGCCUUCAGCUUGCUGUGGCUGGGUUUUCUGCACACAUGGAUAUUAACCGGGCCCAUGAGAUAGCCAAUGAAGCAAGAAGAAUCAAGAAGCAAUUGAAGGACUCCCAGCAAAUGGCAUUACUCUACAACAAUAGGGAGCGAAUCUUUGGCAUGCCAGUUACUAGCUAUGAUAAAUUGACCAAGAUGGUUAAAGAUUUUCAGCCAUUCUAUGAUCUCUGGACUACAGCAUCAGAUUGGCUUCGCUGGUCUGAAAGCUGGAUGAAUGAUCCUCUUUCUGCAAUUGAUGCAGAGCAGCUGGAGAAGAAUGUCAACGAGUCUUUUAAGACAAUGCACAAGUGUGUGAAGCAGUUCAAGGAUAUUCCAGCAUGCCAAGAUGUGGCUGUGGAAAUCCGUGGCAAGAUUGAGGAAUUCAAACCAUACAUACCCCUUAUUCAAGGCCUGCGUAAUCCUGGUAUGCGCAACCGACAUUGGGAGAUGCUUUCAGAUGAGAUCAAAAUCAACGUGAAGCCCAAGGCCAAUUUGACAUUUGCACGCUGCCUGGACAUGAAGCUUCAGGAUCACAUUGAAGUCAUAGCCAAAAUAGCUGAGAUUGCUGGGAAAGAAUACUCCAUUGAGCAUGCCUUGGAUAAAAUGGAACAUGAAUGGGAAUCUAUCCUCUUCAAUAUUCUUCCCUACAAAGAAACAGGAACAUUUAUUAUGAAGAGCCCUGAUGAGGCUUCUCAACUUUUAGAUGAUCAUAUUGUCAUGACUCAAAGUAUGUCCUUCUCACCAUUCAAGAAGCCCUUUGAGGACAGGAUCAACACAUGGGAAAAUAAAUUGAAGAUGACACAGGAUGUUUUAGAGGAAUGGCUGACAUGCCAGCGUGCCUGGCUCUAUCUAGAGCCCAUUUUCAGCUCAGAAGAUAUCAAUAGGCAACUGCCAGUGGAAAGCAAACGAUACCAAACCAUGGAAAGGAUGUGGAGAAAGAUCAUGAAGAAUGCUGAGGAAAACAGAGAGGUGAUUACUGUGUGCCCUGAGCCCAGGCUGCUGGAAAAGUUGCGGGAAUGUAAUAAACUAUUGGACCUAGUACAGAAAGGCCUAAGUGAGUACUUGGAGACCAAGAGAGGAGCCUUUCCAAGAUUUUACUUCCUUUCUGAUGAUGAAUUGUUAGAAAUACUGUCUCAGACCAAGGACCCCACAGCUGUGCAGCCUCAUCUCCGCAAGUGUUUUGAGAAUAUUGCACGGCUGCUCUUUCAAGAAGAUCUCCAGAUUACACAUAUGUAUUCUGCAGAAGGGGAAGAAGUGAAGCUUUUCUCUCCCAUUUAUCCCACGGGCAAUGUGGAGGACUGGCUGCUGGAAGUUGAAAGGAUCAUGAGGGCUAGUGUGCGGGACAACAUUGAAAGAGCAAUCAAGGUUUAUCCACAUACACCACGGACUACAUGGGUCUUAGAUUGGCCAGGCCAGGUGACCAUUGCUGGAUGUCAAACAUUCUGGACAAAAGAAGUGUCAGAGGCCCUGGAAGCUGGGGAUUUGUCCUCCAGGCUGUUUGCACAGCUAAGUGUUCAGCUGAGUGAUCUAGUAGCACUUGUGCGAGGGAAGUUGUCUCGGAUGCAACGGGGGGUGUUAUCUGCUCUCAUUGUGAUUGAAGUCCAUGCCAAGGAUGUGGCAGCUAAACUCAUUGAAGAGAAUGUUAUGAGUGAAAAUGAUUUUGAAUGGAUUUCCCAGCUCAGAUACUAUUGGACAAGAGACGAUUUGUACAUCAGGGCAGUGAAUGCUGAAUUUAUAUAUGGCUACGAAUAUUUGGGCAACAGUGGGCGCCUGGUAAUCACCCCUCUCACUGACAGAUGCUACCUGACACUUACUGGAGCUUUGCACUUGAAAUUUGGAGGUGCCCCUGCGGGACCAGCUGGAACAGGCAAAACAGAAACAACUAAGGAUCUGGGCAAAGCUUUAGCUAUCCAGACUGUAGUGUUUAAUUGCUCUGAUCAGCUUGACUUCAUGGCAAUGGGAAAAUUCCUGAAAGGACUAGCCAGCUCAGGAGCAUGGGCUUGCUUUGAUGAGUUCAACCGCAUUGACAUUGAAGUGUUGUCUGUGGUAGCCCAACAGAUCACAACGAUUCAGAAGGCGCAGCAGCAAAGGGUGGAUCGCUUCAUGUUUGAAGGAGUUGAGAUUCCACUGGUCCCAUCUUGUGCAGUCUUCAUCACAAUGAACCCUGGCUAUGCAGGACGCACUGAAUUACCUGAUAACUUAAAGGCUCUUUUUCGUCCUGUGGCUAUGAUGGUUCCAGAUUACUCUAUGAUUGCUGAGAUUUCUCUGUAUUCCUUUGGGUUCAAUGAAGCCAAAGUGCUGGCAAAAAAAAUCACUACCACAUUCAAACUGUCUUCUGAACAGCUUAGUUCUCAGGAUCACUAUGACUUUGGAAUGAGAGCUGUGAAGACUGUCAUUUCAGCUGCUGGCAACCUCAAAAGAGAAAAUCCAACAAUGGAUGAGGAGCUUAUUUGUUUAAGGGCUAUCAAGGAUGUCAAUGUUCCCAAGUUCCUGCUGGAUGACCUCAAGCUUUUCAAUGGUAUAAUAUCUGACUUGUUUCCAUUGAUCAAAGAGGAGGCUAUUGACUAUGGCAUCCUGGAGGAAGCAAUUCGCAGAGCAUGUCGUAGAGACAACUUGAAGGAUGUUGAUGGUUUUGUGACUAAGUGUAUCCAGCUGUAUGAAACAACUGUGGUGCGGCAUGGCCUCAUGCUUGUGGGGCCCACCGGCUCUGGAAAAACUAAGUGUUACAAAGUUUUGGCAGCUGCAAUGACAUCUUUGAAAGGUCGGCCGUCAGUCAGUGGUGGAAACUAUGAAGCUGUCAAAUAUUAUAUACUGAAUCCCAAAUCUAUUACAAUGGGCCAGCUGUAUGGAGAGUUUGACUUGUUAACUCAUGAAUGGACAGAUGGUAUUCUUUCCUCACUCAUCCGAGUAGGAGCCGUUGCCACAGAUAACAACAAGAAAUGGUACAUGUUCGAUGGUCCUGUUGAUGCAGUUUGGAUUGAAAAUAUGAACACUGUGCUGGAUGACAACAAGAAGUUGUGUCUUAGCUCUGGUGAAAUCAUUAAGAUGACUGAGGCAAUGACCAUGAUGUUUGAAGUGCAGGAUUUAGCUGUUGCCUCUCCUGCCACUGUCUCCCGGUGUGGCAUGGUAUACCUGGAGCCAAGUAUUUUGGGACUGAAGCCCUUUACAGAAUGUUGGCUGAAGAAGAUUCCAGAUGUUAUAAAGCCAUUCUCAGAGCCACUGGAAUCUCUUUUUGACAGUUUCCUAGAGGAAUCCAUCAUAUUUGUGCGGAAAUCAGUGAAAGAGACAAUUGCCUCCACAGACUUUAACUUAACAAUGAGUCUCCUCAAAUUAUUGGACUGUUUCUUUCAACCCUUCAUUCCUGUUGAGGGAAUGAAAAGAAUGCCCCCAGAGAAGAUAGCCCGUAUCGGUGAGCUUAUUGAACCUUGGUUCAUAUUUGCCUUGAUUUGGAGUGUGGGUGCAACUGGGGAUGCCCAAAGCCGAGUAGUCUUCAGCACUUGGUUAAAGGCAACCAUGUCAGCCAAAGAGAUUGGUUUACUCUUCCCAGAUGAGGGGUUAGUCUAUGACUAUCAACUGGAUGAUGCUGGUAUUAGCAAUAUUGAGGAAGAGGAGGAUGAAGAUGUUGUUAAUGAGGUGGGAUGGGUGAGCUGGAUGGACUCCUCUGUGGAAUUUACCUUGGUGCCUGACACCAGCUUUUGUGACAUUAUCGUCCCCACAAUGAACACUAUCCAGAUGGCAUACCUGUUGGAAAUGUUACUCACUAACCAUAAGCCAGUUCUUUGCGUUGGUCCCACUGGUACUGGGAAGACACUCACUAUUGAAGAUAAGCUGCUGAAGAACUUGCCGCUAGAAUUUAUCAGCCACUUUCUAGUGUUUUCUGCUCGAACCUCAGCCAACCAAACUCAAGACCUCAUUGACAGCAAGCUGGAUAAAAGGCGUAAGGGAGUCUUUGGCCCUCCACUUGGCAGGUACUUCAUAUUUUUCAUAGAUGACUUGAACAUGCCAGCACUAGAGACCUAUGGUGCCCAGCCACCCAUUGAGCUUCUUCGGCAAUGGAUGGAUCACCAUGGCUGGUAUGACAGGAAACAAAUUGGUACCUUUAAAAAAUUGGUGGAUAUUAAUUUUGUCUGUGCCAUGGGACCACCUGGUGGAGGACGAAAUGCCAUCACCCCACGUCUAACACGGCAUUUCAACUAUCUUUCAUUCACCGAGAUGGAGGACAGCAGCAAGAAGAAAAUCUUCUCCACCAUUCUAGGCAGCUGGAUGGCUGGUAAACUAGGAGAAACGAGUUACAGAGAUCCAGUUCCUGGAUGUCUUGCUGUGGAGCACCUGAAUGAACCACUUGUUGAUGCUACUAUACGAGUAUAUUCAACCGUUACAUCUCAAUUGUUGCCCACUCCAGCAAAGUCUCAUUAUACGUUUAAUCUGAGGGAUCUCUCAAAAGUUUUCCAGGGAAUGCUUGUGGCAGAACCUGCCAAAAUCAUGGAUAAACUGCUCCUGCUGAGACUGUGGUAUCAUGAGACGUGCCGUGUUUUCCGUGACCGCUUGGUUAAUGAGGAGGACCGAACUUGGUUUGAUGAUUUGAUGAAGACCAUGAUGCUGGAAUGGGAAAUCACCUUUGAUGAAGUUGUUCCUUUCCAGCCUCUUCUUUAUGGGGAUUUUAUGAUGCCAGGUGCUGAUGUGAAGUUAUAUGAACUGAUUGAAAACAAAGAAAAGCUCAUACAGGUGAUUGAAGAGUAUAUGGAGGAGUACAAUCAGAUCAAUACCACCAAGAUGAAGCUAGUGCUUUUCAUGGAUGCUAUGGAGCAUAUUUGCCGUAUCACUCGUAUUCUACGCCAGGCACUGGGCAAUGCUCUUCUCUUGGGUGUUGGUGGCAGCGGAAGGCAAUCUCUCACAAAGUUGGCAUCUCACAUUGCUGAUUAUGAAUGUUUCCAGAUUGAGCUUUCUAAGAACUAUGGCAUGCCUGAGUGGCGAGAAGAUAUCAAAAAGAUCAUGUUGAAGGCUGGCCUGCACACUUUGUCCAUUACAUUUCUGUUCACAGAUACACAGAUUAAAAGUGAGUCCUUCCUUGAAGAUAUCAACAACCUGUUGAAUUCAGGGGACAUUCCCAACCUGUAUGCCCCAGAUGAACAGGACCAGAUUAUGACAGCUAUGAAGCCCAUUGUUCAGGACCAGGGGCUUCAGCCUACCAAGGCCAACCUGAUGGCUGCAUACACAGGGAGGGUGCGCAGUAAUAUCCAUACAGUCCUAUGCAUGAGUCCUAUUGGAGAAGUGUUCCGAGCACGACUCAGACAAUUCCCAUCUCUGGUGAACUGCUGUACUAUUGACUGGUUUAAUGAGUGGCCUGCAGAAGCCCUGCAGUCUGUGGCCUCUUCCUUCUUUCAAGAUAUUCCAGACCCUGAGGCCACCCCUGAAGUUAUAGAAGGAAUGAUUCAGACGUGUGUAGAAAUCCAUCAGAGUGUAGCACAGAAGUGCAAAGUGUAUCUGGCAGAACUAGGAAGACAUAAUUAUGUCACUCCAAAGAGCUACCUGGAGCUGCUCAGCAUCUUCACCACCUUGAUAGGGAAAAAGAAACAAGAGCUCAAAGUUGCCAAGACCAGAAUGAAGAGUGGCUUAGACAAACUUUUGAGAACAGCAGAAGAUGUAGCAAAAAUGCAGGAAGAGCUAGAAUUAGCACGCCCCCUGCUGGCAGAGGCUGCCAAGGACACACUGGUGACCAUGGAGCAGAUAGAGGUGGACACAGCUGUGGCAGAGGAGACCCGAAAUGCCGUGCAGGCAGAGGAAGUGAAAGCCAAAGUGAAAGCUCAGACGGCUCAGGCAAUUGCAGACGAUGCCCAGAAGGACCUGGCAGAAGCCCUCCCUGCUCUGGAUGCUGCCCUGGCCAGCUUACGGAAUCUCAACAAAAAUGAUGUUACUGAGGUGCGAACAAUGCAGCGUCCUCCACUAGGAGUGAAACUGGUGAUUGAAGCUGUCUGCAUUAUGAAGGGAGUCAAGCCCAAGAAAGUGGCAGGAGAGAAGCCAGGCUCUAAGAUAGAUGACUACUGGGAGCCUGGCAAAGGUCUCCUUCAGGAACCAGGGAAAUUUCUUGAAAGCUUGUUUAAAUACGAUAAAGAUAACAUUGCAGAUACAGUAAUCAAAUCAAUCCAGCCUUAUAUCGACAGUGAAGAAUUUCUGCCAGCAGCCAUAGCCAAAGUGUCCAAAGCCUGCACAUCUAUCUGCCAGUGGGUUCGAGCCAUGCAUAAGUACCACUUUGUGGCCAAAGCUGUGGAGCCAAAGCGACAAGCCCUUCGGGAGGCAGAAGAAGAUCUGCAGGCUACACAGAAGGUCCUGGAUGAGGCCAAGGAACGUUUAAGAGAAGUGGAGGAGGGUAUUUCCCAUCUGCAGGCCAAAUACAAAGGCACCUUAGCUACAAAGGAGGAGCUAGAGAUGAAGUGUGAACAGUGUGAGCAGAGACUGGGCCGGGCUGACAAGCUGAUUAAUGGCCUGUCUGACGAAAGGGUACGCUGGCAAGAAACAGUCCAGAAUCUGGAUUAUAUGAUCAACAACAUUUCAGGAGAUGUUCUGGUUUCAGCUGGCUUUAUAGCAUACCUGGGACCUUUCACAGGUCAAUACCGCAUAUCACUUUGUGAGGAAUGGAUAAGCACGUUAAAGUUGUAUCAUGUUCCGCACACCAAAGAACCAAACCUGAUAGCCACACUUGGAGACCCAGUAAAAAUCCGAUCAUGGCAGAUUGCUGGUCUACCCAAUGAUACCUUGUCUGUAGAGAAUGGAAUGAUAACACAGUUCUCUCAGCGCUGGACUCUGUUCAUAGACCCCCAGGGACAAGCCAACAAGUGGAUAAAAAACUUAGAGAAAGAUAGUGGACUAGACACAUCCAAGCUCAGUGAACGGGAUUUUCUGCGCAGCUUGGAGAAUGCUAUUCGCUUUGGAAAGCCCUUUCUCCUGGAGAAUGUAGGGGAAGAACUAGAUCCAGCUCUUGAGCCAGUCUUGUUGAAACAGACUUACAAACAACAAGGCAGCACGGUACUGAAAUUGGGAGACACAUUGAUUCCAUAUCAUGAAGACUUCAAGAUGUACAUCACCACCAACCUACCCAAUCCCCACUACACACCAGAGCUAUCCACCAAGCUGACACUAAUUAACUUCACCCUGUCACCCAGUGGCUUGGAGGACCAGUUACUGGGCCAAGUGGUGGCAGAAGAGCGCCCUGACUUAGAAGAGGCAAAGAACCAGCUGAUUGUCAGUAAUGCCAAAAUGCGGCAGGAGCUAAAAGAGAUAGAGGAUCAGAUCCUGUACCGUCUAAGCUCCUCUGAAGGAAAUCCUGUUGAUGAUUUAGAGCUCAUCAAAGUGUUGGAAGCAUCUAAGCUAAAAGCUGGGGAAAUUCAGGCCAAAGUGAAGGUAGCUGAGCAGACAGAAAAGGACAUCGAUAUUACCCGGCUGGAAUAUGUUCCUGUGGCUGUCCGCACCCAGAUUCUUUUCUUCUGCGUCUCAGACCUCUCCAACGUUGAUCCCAUGUACCAGUAUUCCUUAGAAUGGUUCCUCAACAUAUUUCUCACAGGAAUUUCAAACUCUGAGAGAGCAGACACACUGAAGAAGCGAAUAGCAAAUAUCAAUAAGUACCUCACCUUCAGCCUCUACAGCAAUGUAUGCCGCAGUCUCUUUGAGAAGCACAAGCUUAUGUUUGCAUUUCUCGUUGGGAUCCGGAUUAUGAUGAAUGAAGGCAAGAUCAACAUGGAUGAAUGGCGAUAUCUUUUGUCUGGUGGUGCUGUUAAGGUCCUGCGAGAUAAUCCAGCUCCAGAAUGGCUAUAUGAGAGGGCAUGGAAUGAUAUCUUGGCCUUAAGCAACCUGGACAAUUUUUCUAGCUUUGCAGAUGACUUUGUGGCAAAUCUGAAUAUUUUCCGAAUCAUUUUUGACAGCACUGAACCUCACAGAAUGCCACUGCCUGGCAUUUGGAACGUCAAACUGGAUUCCUUUCAGAAGUUGCUUGUUCUGCGGUGCUUACGUGGAGACAAAGUCACCAAUGCAAUGCAGGACUUUGUGGCGGCACACUUGGGGCAGAACUUUAUAGAGCCACAGACAGCAAACCUGAGUGUGGUGUUUAAGGAGUCUACUUCUACCACCCCCUUGAUAUUCAUCCUGUCCCCAGGUACAGACCCAGCCGCUGAUCUCUACAAGUUUGCUGAAGAAAUGAAGUUCUCCAAGAAGCUCUCUGCUAUUUCUCUUGGCCAAGGACAAGGUCCCCGUGCAGAAGCCAUGAUGCGCAGCGCUAUGGAACGUGGGAAGUGGGUCUUCUUCCAGAAUUGCCACUUGGCUCCAAGCUGGAUGCCAUCUUUGGAAAGACUCAUUGAAAGUAUUAACCCAGACAAGGUGCACCGGGACUUCCGCCUUUGGCUCACCAGUUUGCCUAGUAACAAGUUUCCAGUGUCCAUCCUCCAAAAUGGAUCCAAGAUGACAAUUGAGCCACCACGAGGAGUAAAGGCCAAUCUGCUGAAGUCUUACAUGAGCCUCAGCAAUGACUUCUUGAACUCCUGUUCUAAGAUUUCAGAGUUCAAGUCCUUGCUCCUCUCCCUUUGCCUCUUCCAUGGGAAUGCCCUGGAAAGGAGGAAGUUUGGGCCACUGGGCUUCAAUAUUCCUUAUGAGUUCACUGAUGGAGACCUGCGCAUCUGCAUAAGUCAGCUAAAGAUGUUCCUGGAUGAAUAUCAAGACAUCCCCUACAAAGUUCUGAAGUACACUGCUGGUGAGAUUAAUUAUGGAGGUCGAGUGACUGACGAUUGGGAUCGACGCUGCAUCAUGAAUAUUUUAGAAGAUUUCUAUAACCCAGAUGUUUUAAUUCCAGAGUUCCAUUAUUCAGAAUCUGGUAUCUAUAAGCAGAUUAAUACCACAUAUGACCUUAAUGGAUACAUUCAAUACAUCAAGAGCCUCCCCCUCAAUGACAUGCCUGAGAUCUUUGGUUUGCAUGACAAUGCUAACAUCACCUUUGCUCAGAAUGAGACCUUUGCAUUGCUCGGGGCCAUUAUUCAGCUCCAGCCAAAAGCAUCAAAGGCAGGAGGACGAAGCAGGGAGGAGCUUGUGGAACAAUCCUCAAGAGAGAUACUGGAAAAGGUACCUCAACCCAUCAACUUACAGGAAGUAAUGCUGAAAUACCCUGUGCAGUACGAGGAGUCCAUGAAUACAGUUCUGGUACAGGAGGUGAUCAGGUAUAAUCGCUUACUAGAAGUGAUUGCAGUGUCUCUGAAAGAUCUGCUGAAAGCUCUCAAAGGCCUAGUUGUUAUGUCAUCACAGCUAGAGCUGAUGGCCAACAGCUUGUAUAACAACAUAGUCCCAGAAAUGUGGAACAGCAAGGCAUACCCCUCCCUAAAACCCUUGGCUUCCUGGGUGAAUGACCUGCUGCUACGCAUUGAUUUCUUGAAAAAAUGGAUUGAUAAAGGGAUACCCCCUGUGUUCUGGAUCAGUGGCUUCUUCUUCCCCCAGGCCUUUUUAACAGGGACAUUACAGAAUUUUGCCAGGAAAUGCGUCAUAUCCAUAGAUACCAUCUCGUUUGAUUUUAAGGUAAUGAUCCAGCCUGCGAACGAACUAACUGAACGCCCUCGUGUGGGAUGUUACAUUCAUGGCUUAUUUCUGGAGGGGGCUCGGUGGGACCCAUUGUACUUUCAGCUCACAGAAUCACGGCCUAAAGAGCUGUACACAGAAAUGGCAGUCAUCUGGUUGGUUCCUGAGCCCAACCGCAAGCCUCCGAGCAAAGGCAUCUAUCUGUGUCCCAUCUAUAAGACACUCACUCGUGCAGGGACACUGUCAACAACUGGUCAUUCCACCAACUAUGUGAUUGCCGUUGAAAUCCCUACCCCCAAGCCUCAGAGGCACUGGAUCAAACGAGGUGUUGCCUUGAUUUGUGCCUUGGACUUCUAA